CACAAAAAAAAAACAUGGCACUAUUGGCCAACCUUCUCUCCUUCCUAGCCCUGAUGGGGCUAGUCCUAGUCCCCAUCACCCUCGCUCAAAACUCCCACCAAGACUUCGUCAAUGCCCACAACGCCGCUCGAUCAAGGGUCGGGGUCGGGCCAGUCUCUUGGAACUACACCUUAGCUGCAUAUGCCCAAACUUAUGCCAACAAGAAGAUUGGCACUUGUAAGAUGCAACAUUCUUAUGGCCCUUAUGGCGAGAAUCUAGCCGAAGGGUACGGCGAGAUGACUGCAGUCGAGGCAGUGAACUUUUGGGUGAGCGAGAAGAAAUACUACGAUCACCGGUUGAACCGAUGCGUCGGAGAUGAGUGUGGCCAUUACACGCAGGUGGUGUGGAGGAACACCAAGCAUGUGGGUUGUGCUAGAGUGAAAUGCCGCAACAAUUGGAUUUUUGUUAUAUGUAGCUAUGAUCCUCCGGGCAAUUAUGUUGGCCAGCUUCCUUAUUGAACUUGUAAGAGAAUGAAAAUUUGAUGGCAUGAAUACAUAUUAUGCAUAGACAUGAAGUUUCUCAUGGCUCCCACCUUUGUUCCUUUAUUGCAUUCAAGGAGGUGAUGG